AGAACAGAAGGCCAGCCUCGCCGUCUGCUACCCGUUUAUUAUUCCCCUCCGUGCAGCCGCCCUCGUGUUCUCGCCUUCUCGAAGCACCCACCCAUGGCGGACCAGCUCACCGACGAGCAGAUCGCCGAGUUCAAGGAGGCCUUCAGCCUCUUCGACAAGGAUGGCGACGGUUGCAUCACCACCAAGGAGCUCGGAACCGUGAUGCGGUCCCUUGGGCAGAACCCCACUGAGGCGGAGCUGCAGGACAUGAUCAACGAGGUGGACGCUGAUGGCAACGGCACCAUCGACUUCCCAGAGUUUCUGAACCUGAUGGCGAGGAAGAUGAAGGACACCGACUCGGAGGAGGAGCUCAAGGAGGCCUUCCGCGUCUUCGACAAGGACCAGAACGGCUUCAUCUCGGCCGCCGAGCUGCGCCAUGUCAUGACCAACCUCGGGGAGAAGCUGACCGAUGAGGAGGUCGACGAGAUGAUCCGUGAGGCUGAUGUGGAUGGUGAUGGCCAGAUCAACUACGAGGAGUUCGUCAAGGUCAUGAUGGCCAAGUGAGGAGCGGGUCCCCUGAAAUAAGCUUUUGCUCUCAAGUGGAUUGGAAGUUUGGAACACCAGAUGUUGCAAGUUGUAUUUUGCUAUGCGCGCUUUAAAGUACUGUCGAGUCUCGCAAGGCUGUAAUGUUCGGUAGUGAUCUUGGGUUAGGCGGUGUAGUCGUGUGGAGCAACAUUCUGGACACCUGGUUAUUAUCUUUUGAUUGUGGAACUUA